AUGGUCUACCAACAUAGCUUCCUGACUCUGUCAGUCCUCUCCUUGGCCUCAAUCGUUGCUGGUCGACCCGAUAACCUGAGAGGGCGAACACCUCCAAAUCUCAACACCUGCCCCUGUCUGCCGGAGGGCACCCCGAGCGUCAUCACCAAGACCGAGACCGCCCAUUCCACAGUCUACCAGACCGCAUCCGCUUCUUUCGUCCAGGAGACCGUCACGGCUACCCUCACCGUCACGCGCCGGGCAGAGACCCAGACUGAGACCCGUACCGUUCACGUCACGAAGACGGCCGAGGAGCAGGAACAAGUUACCGUCACCUGCACCGAAGUCAUCAGCGAAGGUCCUGAUGGCUCAGCAACCACAAAGACCAAGCCUCCCGGAGGCCACGGACACACCAAGACAAAGACGCGCACCGGCCAUGGUGACUCCGAGACAAGUGCGCCGGGCCAUGAUGAUGACGACCAAGCUACCCAGACAGAUGCUGCAUCUGGUUCCGCAACGGCAACAGCAACGGCAACGGGAUCCGGCUCAAACGGCGGCAAGCCGACCGACAAGCCUCCUCACGGGGGUGAUGGCGGCGACGGUGGCGAUGAUGAUGACAACGGCAAUGGCUCCUCCAAGCCGACCUCUACCCACCACUGCAAGCACUGGAACGGCACCAAGUGCGUUAAGCCGACCGAUGCCCCCAGCGACUCCGCCGUCACUCUCACGGCCACGGCCACGGAAACCGCAAUUGCCACGGGCACAACAACCGGGAACGCUCUACCAACCUACUCGGUCUGCUCCGUCUCGGUGGCUCUCGUCACCGUCUACAACACGGUUACUGCGACUGUCUACCAGACCGGCACAGCUCCUGUACACAAGCCUCGCGCGCCGACCGCAGUGGCCGCCUGGUAG